GUGAUGAGCGUUGUGCAGGGGAUGGCUAUCGCCCUCACAAUUUUUCGUGUCUCGUUCCGACUACACAUAAGGAGAUUUUGGUGGGAGGACGCAUGGGCUGCUACGGCUGGAUCGUGUGGCAUAGCGUAUCUGGUUGGUUCCUGGGUUCAUCUACUCUCUCGAGGAACGGCGUGUGUAGUUUCUUUUUGGGUGACAACGAUCAUGUCCACCUGCAUAAAUUGGUUUACACGCAUGAGCAUAUUGUUUGCCAUCGCACGGGUUGCACGGUCCACGCAGCGUCUUUAUCGUCUGUCCAUGGGCCUCGCGAUUCUCUUCUUCCUGACGGAGGGAGUUCUAAUGGCGCAAAAGGUGCGGGAAAUUGAAUCGAACAGUGAGUGGUACCAGUUGCCUUGUCCUUCGUGCCACGUCGGCCAUUCGAUGGCAGCGUACCAACUCGCAACCAAGUUCGUCGCUGACACUAUUCUGGUGGCCUUUUCCUUCCGAUUACUCUGGAACGUCAACCUGCCCUCUCGACAGCGGCGGAUGAUUCUCGCGAUAUUUUCAUCCAGCAUUAUCAUGACCAUGUUCUCCCUGUUUCAUGCUAUCACCAAUUUUCUAGUUGAUAUAUGGAUAGAGAUGAUUGCAGUCAAUUUAGAGGUAUCAUCUUCCCUGAUAAUUUGCAACCUGCUGGUGGUUGUGACUUAUGCGUACCGGGUGCUUAACCGUGAACCUGACGAUCCGGAAGAUGUCAACUAUAGCGGUCCAAUUCCAUCUGUCUCCACAUCGCAACAGCUCACCACUAUUACCCUCGGUUUUGUCACUGAGACUUCCACUUCUUUCCACUCCCUCGAUUCACCAGCAGCCUCCGUCCCGGAUCGCAAAGAGGAUAUGAGAUCUGUUUGA